AUGGAAGAAGCGGACGAAAAAAGCAAAUUUCAAGUUCCGUCAUGGGCAGUGAAACCACCGGAUGGUGCACAUUUGGAUGUAUAUAAAGGAGACGCGUUAAUUCAGAAAUUAUUGAUCGAUGAUAAAAAAGCCUAUUACUUCGGAAGAAACAACAAACAGGUAGAUUUCGCUGUAGAGCAUGCCUCAUGCUCACGAGUUCAUGCUCUUCUGCUUUAUCAUGGGCUGCUGCAAAGAUUUGCUCUCAUAGAUAUGGAUAGCAGUCACGGAACAUUUCUCGGAAACGUACGUCUGCGGCCUUUGGAGGUGGUUUUCAUGGAUCCAGGUGCACAGUUCCAUCUCGGUGCAUCCACCAGAAAAUACGCUGUUCGUCUAAAAACUGAGCAUCAUAUCGAAGAUGACCCGACGCAUCAAACAUCGUACAAUACCGCUCAAAACCGACGAAUUCCACAACUUCCAAUUUCGGUUGAAGAGGCACGAAGAAAGAAGCGGCCACGCGGAAAUGUUGCAUUCCUCGAAGAAGAAGAAGUUAUCAAUCCAGAAGACGUUGAUCCAACAGUUGGACGAUUCCGAAAUCUCGUAACAACUGCAAUCAUCUCAACGAAUCCCAACAAAAGACCAGGAGAUCCAAAGAGAUUAGAGCCACCUAGAAAGAUUGUCCGUCCCGGAAGAGAAAUGAUCACAGCGCCACUUUCUUCAACUUUUGGACCAAUGGCGUUGAACGCUGCUCCUGAUCUCGAAUUAUAUGGAAAGACGAUGCCAGAAUCACGUCAUCAUCAAUAUGUUACAGCGACUGUAGCUGAAGAAGAUCUCGAAGAUCAUCACAAGAAACGGUAUGCUAAAGAAGCGUGGCCAGGAAGGAAACCAGGAGCCGGCAUUUUCUAA